AUGUUGUUUCUGGUAGACACGCAAUUGAGCAGAAGCCGACCUCCUUCUACGUCAUCCACGUCGAAAUCGUCGUCGCAUCAUUAUACAAGUAUAUCAACAUUGUCCACUCGGAAUCGGUGGAAUCCGAUGAGAUCCGCUUUCAUCUGGUGUCUACUAUUACUCCUCGUUGGACGUGCGGUGGCUCUUCCCCCAGUCAUCAAUGUCGGGGGACUGUUCGACAACGAAGACGACGAGCAAGACUUCGCGUUCCGUGUCGCCAUCGAACGCGUCAACAAGGACAACGGCAUUCUGCUCAAGUCGCGGCUGAUACCAAAAGUGGAACGAGUCGAAAAGGACGACUGCUUUCGGGCGACGAAGAAGGUUUGCACGCUUCUACGAGAUGGCAUCGCUGGCAUCUUCGGGCCGACCUCGGACGUCACCUCGAUGCAUGUUCAGUCCAUAUGUGACGCACUUGACGUUCCACACGUGGAGAUGCGCUGGGAUUUCCAACUUCAGCGAGAUGAUCUCUCCAUCAAUCUCUUCCCAAAGCCUUCGAUCCUAGCUCAAGCAUACGUCGACCUUAUCAAAACUUGGGACUGGAAGUCUUUUGCCCUCGUCUACGAGGACCAUGAGGGUAUUAUCCGACUCAAGGACUUCAUUAAAGGAGCGCGACGUGAGGGCUGGAAGAUUCAAAUGUACCAGUUUGUCCCCAACCAGCCAUACAGAGAUCUCUUUUGGAAGAUCAAGAAGUCCGACCAGCACAGGGUGGUUCUAGAUGUUCAUAGGAAAAACCUCUACGAAUGCCUUAAACAUGCUCAGCAAGUGGGAAUGCUUACAGAAUCUCACAGCUAUUUAAUAUCAUCUUUGGACCUCCACACGGUGGACCUGGAGGAAUUCAAAUACGGACAGACGAAGAUCACCGGACUGCGGCUGGUCGACGUGGACUCGUCCGAGCUGCAGAACUUCCUCGACGGCUGGAAGAAAAUGUCGCAAGAGUCAGGAAAUAAGAGGGCGCCUCCCGCGCCCCUACCGCAUCUCAUCAAAACCGAGACUGCGCUUAUGUAUGACGCCGUCAAGCUGUUCGCUAUGGGCCUUCAGCAACUCGACCUCACUAAGUCGGUCGACUUUCCUGUGAUAUCCUGCGACGCGGCCGAGUCCUCGUCCGACGGUAGCAGUCUCAUCAAUCUGAUGCGACCGAUAACUCUGCACGGCCUUACCGGUGAUAUUAGUUUCGACUCGCAGGGUUUCCGGUCCACGUUUCAACUCGAUGUUAUGUCUCUAAAAACCGAUGGGCUUCAAAAGGUUGGUUAUUGGAACCCCAAACAACGGGUGGUCGUUGAAGACAACUCAACGUCCGACUAUGAUUCCUUACUCAUCAGAAACAAGACUCUCGUCGUCUCGACUGUGUUGACGGAUCCGUAUAUGAUGCUGAAAGAGUCUGCCCAUUUCCUAACGGGCAACGAGCGCUUCGAAGGUUACUGCGUUGACCUUCUACAAGAGCUGAGCAGAGCGCUUGGAUUCAGUUACGAGAUCCGACUCGCGGCUGAUGGUGCCUACGGCAUUAAGAAUGACAGUGGUUACUGGAACGGAAUGAUAGGCGAGGUGGUAUAUGGCAAGGCUGAUCUAGCCAUCGCCGAUCUGACAAUCACGUCGGCGCGAGAGGCGGCAGUGGACUUCACGAUGCCCUUCAUGAACACCGGCAUUUCGAUCUUGUUCAAGAAACCCACUCAAAAAGCCACCUCCUUGUUCGGUUUUCUGUCUCCGUUUUCCACAGAGGUCUGGACAUACGUAGUGGGCGCAUAUUUGGGCGUGUCAUGCGUGCUGUUUCUGGUUGGCCGCAUGUCGCCCUACGAGUGGGACAAUCCUCAUCCAUGCCGCCAGAACGACCAGGUGCUGGAGAACAGUUUCUCCCUACUGAACUCUAUGUGGUUCACUAUCGGAUCUCUUAUGCAACAGGGAUCUGAUCUUGCCCCGAAAGCCAUGUCCACCCGAACAGUCGCCGGUAUCUGGUACUUCUUCACCCUGAUCAUGAUUUCAUCAUACACCGCCAAUUUGGCCGCUUUUCUCACAGUCGAGAAGACAGUCUAUCCAGUCGAGAGUGCCGACGACCUCGCCAAACAGACUAAAAUCAAGUACGGCUGCGUAAAAUCAGGCAGCACCCGCGCCUUCUUCAAGGAGUCCAAGAUCCCCACAUUUAUGAAAAUGCACAAAUUCAUGGAGGAGCUCAACACAUACGUCGCCACGUCAGCAGAAGGCAAACAGCGAGUUAGCCAAGGCGACUAUGCGUUCCUCAUGGAAUCGGCCUCGAUCGAGUUUCUCGUCGAGAGAAACUGCAAUCUAACUCAAAUCGGAGGCCUGCUCGACAAUAAAGGAUACGGGAUCGUCACCGUCAAGAACUCCCCCUUCAGACAAGUCCUGUCGUCGGGCAUCCUGCAAUUGCAGGAGGCUGGCAAAUUGCACAGCUUCAAAGAGAAGUGGUGGAAGGAGCGAAAAGGAGGCGGCAAAUGCACCGACGAUACCAAAAAAUCAUCGGCAGUGACUGAACUUAGCUUAGCCAACGUAGGAGGCGUCUUCGUAGUCCUUCUUCUCGGUUUGUUACUGGCAGCGUUGGUUGGCAUUGCUGAAUUCUUGUGGAAGGCGAGGUCUCUCUCCAAGGAAGACUCCCAGGUCUCAAUAUGCUCGGAAAUGCUGAAGCAACUGAAGUUCGCGGUUUCGUGUAGGAGCUCUACUAUGCCCGUGCGCAGCAACCGGCAGACCCCGGAGUUAGAUCCGAUGGACGGGAACAACCACACGCAGUACGGCAUUUCCACACUGCCCUCGUUCACGUCUGACUUCUGA